UCUUGGAUUACACAUCACAGAAGGAUUUACAGUUUGUCUACAGAGAAGCAGAAAGCCUAAAAGAUCACAGCAACAUGGGGAGCAGCAUGUCAUGUGUCCCCCAACACAACUUCAGAUUCUCCAGCAAGAGCUUCAUACGCAGAAACAGCAGUCGCCUGUUUCGCAAGAAGAAUCCCCAAGAGGGUCAGGAGAAGUCAAACAGCAUCAUCAAUAUCCUGUGCACUGUCACCCCUCGUAAAGAAAUGUCCCAUAAAGAUCUGCAGACAAUAGAGAACAUUAAAUGGGACCCUCCAUUUCCAUAUGACCCAGCAAGCGGCUGGAAGAAGAGCAGCAUCAAUGUGAAGAACUACGGACGGAUGAUUCACAGCUCCAAAGUUCGUUUCCGCUUCCUCCACUGCCAGGAUGUACAUGAUUGCUACCUGGAUCUCUUCCAGACACACCUUCAUUUUGUCUCCAACAACACAAGUGGAUUGACAUACCAGGGAACUCUGCCUUUGAAAGAAAUCACCAUCUGCAACCUGCAGCAGAACUGCAACCACAGCCAACCCGAAGAAUUCGCCUUCCAAAUAAACGGUGUAAGCCUAAACCCAAUCAUCGUGUACUGUGCCAACCAAGAAGAAAUGGACUUGUGGUUUGGCCUGCUUAAAGAAAACAUUGAGGCCAAUGGAGGAACAGCAAUCGCACCUGAAAGCUACACUAGAGUGAAAAUAAACCAAAAAGAGCCUCCUGAGGGCAGAGAGGAGUUGAGAAAUUCUGUCAACAGAGAACCCAUCUACGAGUGGGAGGGCUCACAGCGGGACAGCCUGGGCCCCAUCACCUAUGUCACCAAAGUCCGACUGCAACACUUGCCCUGCCAGGUACAAAGUGAAAGACUGCUGGUAAUGUACCCAUCAACACUGAUCAUCCUAUCAGAGGAAAACGAUGGACUCUUCUAUAAGGGAAAACUUCCUCUCAACAUGAUUACUGUGACCACACCUUGCCAAGAUGUCAAGCCAAACACUUUUAUGAUUGAAGGAAAGCUCAUCAACCCCAUAGUGGUGUCGUGUCUGGAUAGGACCGAGUUCUGCGACUGGAUCCAGCAUUUUAAAGCUGCUGACGUGCCCGUUCUCAGCCCCCCACCCCCUGUGUAUGACAUCAUCUACACCCCGACACACAGAGAGGCUCCACAGUGUGAUAGGUGGAGCGGAAACAGCCAAGGAAGAGCUGAUUCUUUCAAGUUCAGCCAGUCAACAAGUGGAUAUGGGUCCCACAACAUUCAACUACCUAUUCAUGAAGACAACCCUCUGUCUCCAGGAUAUACUGAGCCCCUCUGUUACAGCGCCAGUCGUCCCUCGUCCACUGAGACUGCCCGCCUGGGCAGCAGGACCAACAGCAUGUCUUCCCACACCAGACCUGAGCGUGACCUCCGACCUUUGUCACUACGCUACUCCUCCCCCCAGCGCACCUCCUACCUCCAAUCUGCAGAGAGUUCAGCACUAUCCCAGGUCUAUAGCACACCCUACUCUGCACUACAUCAAGCCAGCCCACAGCGGCUGGAGAAAACCCCACUUGUCAAGUCAAACAGCUGGAGCACCCCUCAGACAACCCUGAACUACUCCCUGAACACCCCCCAGCGCCACUCCGACAUGUGUGCUCCCAGACAACCCUUGUCACCCCUGUAUGAUGAGCCCUGCAGCCCCGAAAUCUACUCCAUGGAAGAAGCCCGGUCAACGCAGCAGGGUUGGCAAGAGCCCAUUCAGCAUCAGUAUCACUUCGGCCCACAGCUCACAUCUGCCCCUUUCCAGCUCAGCACCCCUCCCAUGGGCAGGCGCUGCAGGAGAAGUCUGGUCCUGAUCAACUCCCAGAGUCAGGCUCUGGAUCUUGAGACAGAGAAUUCUCAAAGGCAAGCAGAGCAGAGAUCCAAGGCUGUGUCGAGGCUAAAGCUGCUGCCUGUGCCAGGCCAAAUGCAAGAGCAGAUUGUCAACCCGUCAAGCUCUGUGAGGAACUACUGUCAGAAACCCUACGGUUAUUCACCAGAUCACCAUUCGUACCUCAAACCCACAGAACCAGAUGAUCAGGAAAUGGACUAUGACAACAUUUGGGAGUACGACGCUGAUACUGGAAUGAUUCAGCCAACGUCUGGAAUUUCAACACACUGGACAGGAUUAGACUUUGGGGCCACGGGCCUUGGUGCCAUGGCAACCCAGCAGAGAUGGUCAUAAAGCAAAACAAAAGGCCGGCACUCGUCUGGACGUGUGCAAACAACCGAUCCCUAUCAGAGGGGUAAUAAAAGCCUUCUAGCAUGGCCCGUGUUACUUCUGCAGCGUACAGUAUGAACCCAAAUCCCAGGAAAUGCACUGUUACACAUCAGGUAGUCAAGCAGAGAAAUGACUGGAGAAGGUACACAAAAAGAAGAGGCUAAUUCUAUAAUGUAAUAUUUAAUAUUAUCAAAGUGGUUAAGACUUUUAAUGUCUGUUUGAUAUGUAGCAUUCAUGAAAGAAGACACGUGUGUAGAUACUUUGCUUUAUUUUGUUAUUUAAUAUGUUUUAUAAUUGCACUAAAGAUUUAAUAUGUAGUGCAAAAGCCGUUUUUUUUAUAUUUAAAGUCUUUUCUAACAUGAUGGCAGGAUAAAUUGUAUUUUUAUUCUUUGUAUUUAAGCUGAAGCUAUAAAAAGCAUUCCUUCAGGGCUUGUUGUAGUAAAGGAUGUAUAUUUUUGUAAAUGUUGUAGAUUUAUUAUUUUAUCACACAACAUUAUCAGGCAAAUAGAUGUGGCGUAUACUGACGGCUUUAAAUGGUGCUAAUAUUAAUAUCAUUACUACAGUGUACUGAUACCAGUGUGGCCUUCAUUUUCAUUUUUGUUUGAGGUGUUUAUUUAUAUUUGGAAAUAAAGCUUGUUUCAAAAUAUGAGAAAAUGUUUCUUGUGUUUAUCCAAUUUCUCAGUCUCAUAUUAUCUUAGUUUUUUUUUUUUUUUUGUUGUAGCUAAGGCCAGAUAAAAAGUACAUACAGGCUUUAAUCAGUGAAUAUUAAGGUAGACGUUUUUUAGGUUUAAAGCAAAGCAAAAAUGGCAAACAGAUUACUGUCAAUGUUUUAUUUAUUAGUUAUAAGACACCCAAUUGCACUGUCCUCAAACUCAUAUGGAGCUGAAGAAACAGUUUUGUGGUAUUUUGGUUGUAGACC